AUGGGGUCGGCGGCGAAGCAGGCAGCGGGCGCGCUCGUGGGCGUGGCGGCUGCGGCCGCCCUGCUGCUGCCCGCCAUGCCUGCCCUUGCAGUCUCCGGCGGUGGCGGCAGCGGCAACAGCCUGGCCUUCCAGGACCUGUCUGGCCAGGACCUGCGCAAGAACAAGUACACCAAGGCCGACCUGCGUGGCACCAACCUCAGCAAUGCCAACCUCGAGGGAGUCACCCUUUUUGGCGCCCUUGCAACCAACGCCAACUUCUCUGGAGCCAACUUGCGCAACGCCGACCUGGAGUUGGUUGAGCUAGAGGGGGCAGAUUUGAGCAACGCAGUCCUGGAAGGCGCCAUGCUGACCAACGCGCAGCUAGGACGGGUGAAAAGCAUCACGGGCGCCGACUUCACCGAUGUUGUGUUCCGCAAGGAUGUGAUGAUGGGGCUGUGCAGAAUUGCAGUGUUUUUGACUUUAUGUAAAUCAGAGAUGAGCAUAUUGACAUCAGAGCAUGCAUUUUGCUACACCACGGCCGUGGUGUCAACCGCGGUUGAUGCUCGGGCCUCCCACCGACUGGCCCCACGCGCCGCCGUGGCGCACAUACAUGCCAGGGUGGACGAUGAGGGUGCCGUCUCCGAGUUGUUCACACCCCAGGCGAUCCUCAACUAUGACGGCCAUAUAGAACGGGCCAAGGAGUUCAUGGAGCAGGCAGAAGCCAGCCUCAAGGACGUGGACAGCCAGAUCAGCGAGAUGCGGCAGGACAUGGAGGUGCCCGCGUGGGCGGUGGGCUUCCUGCGCUGGGCGCGCGGCUUCCACUGUCAGACUCUGGAGGAGGCGCGGAAGCGGCACGCCAGCCUGGUGGCCAAGCGAGAGCGGUACGUGGCGGGGCUGCGCCAGCUGGAGCGCGAGCUGCAGGAGCAGCCGCCCAUGUUCCCGCCCGACGAGGGCACCGCCGACUGGGUGGUGCUGGCGGGCUACAACUGGGCCAUUGGGCAGGAGGACGACAGCAGCGAGGGCCUGCAGAAGGUGCUGCGCGAGUCGCUGGAGCAGGCCAACAGCCCCAACAGCGUGCUGUGGGUGACGCUGGUGGUGUGCAUGGGGGCGGCGUAUGGGGUGGCGUGGGCGGGGUCAUGGUGGGAUGUGGAUGCCUACCGCCUGCUGCACCAGUUCCCAGACCUCGCUGCCUCGGCGCCCACCUGGGUGGCAUGGACGGCGCCAUACGUGGGAGGCACCCUGCUGGCCUACUCGCUGGCGCCGCCCCUGUUCAACAAGAGCAUCUUCCGGGUGCUGGCCACCGACCAGCAGCAGUUCUUCCACUCCGUCUCGCCCCCCAGCUUCCUGCUCGGCGCCUUUGUCAUCGCCUUCAGCCAGUGCCUGGUGUGGCAGGGCCUGUGGCAGGACGUGUUCACGGGCUGGCUGGGCGGCAGCCGCGACGCGCUGCUGCUCACUGACCCCGCGGCCCUGGAGGAUGGGGUGCGGGCUAGCAUGGGCACGCUGGUGGGCGCCCCGCUCCUUCCCGCCUUCCUGGUGGCGCCCAGCGCCUCCCUGCUGGUGGGCCUGCUGGAGGGAGGCUACUUCUGGGCCAUGCUGACGGCGAUGGACGCCACCACGAUGAUGAAGGUGGACACCAGCGAUGGCUGGAGGGCCACGCUGGUGGCCGACAUCAAGCCCAGCGUGCUGAGCCAGGAGGAGCUGACGCUGGUGGCGGCGCGCGUGGCGCUGGCAGGGUCGUACCUCGCCCUGGAGGCCACCCUGACCGGCAGCCUGUGGCUGUCGGUGGGCACCAGCAUGGCCGGCCUGCUGACCGUCAUCCUGCUCAGCCGCCGCGGCGCAGGGCCCUAGCCCUAGCCCACCCACGCAGCCCCGCCGCGGCAGCCGGUGCGGCCCGGCCUGGCGGCAUGUCUUUUGUAUCCUCACACGCUCCGCUGCCAGAUUGAAUCACCCGCCUCCCCCCAGCGCGCCGCUCGUCCCCUGGUUCUGGUUAACAGUACCUAAUGACCGGCUCGGAAAACGAACCUCACUUCAUGUAAUCUCCAGACGC